UAUUGAAUUUCCACACAUGAUCAUCAUGCGUGCGCCUCUUUGGAACUGUUCACUACUGCGUAUAAUAAUAAUAAUUAUUAUAAAGACAAUAAUAACAAAAAAUAAAUAAAUUAAUAAAUCUGUUGCAGCUUUCUCCAGGACCAAAGCUGCAGGGAGGAGGGUGAGAAGAAGAGAAGGAGGAGGAGGAGGAGGGAGGGGGGAGAGAUGGGAUGACACCGCCUUGCGUUGAUGACGCUCGCCAUCGGGAGACAUUUGGACACAGCCUAUGUAACCCACAUACCGAGCAACAAAUGGUGCGUCUGUGCAGGACAUGUAGCCUCUGAAGCCGGAGAGUUGGGAAGAUGUGUCCUCCGCCGUCGUGGCGUUAAUGCUCUGCUGCAGACCCCGCAGCGGGUGGACAGACCGCGCGUAUCAUCUGUUGAUCGGAUUGGAGACAAUUAAGCGCAUUAUCAUGAGCCGCCGAGGUCCGACCUGCAGGUGAAAUUCGAGGAGAGUGAAAUGAUUCCAAAGUCAGGAAAAUCUCCAGCAGACUCACGGAAAAGUGUCGGCAUCCAUGAGUUUGCGGCGCUUGCCAGAUCCUCAUUAAAUGGUAUCUCUCAGGCGGUGAGGGACCAUGUGACGAAGCCCACCUCCCUCGCUCAGGGCCGGGUCGCCCACCUCAUAGAGUGGAAGGGUUGGCCCAAACCUGCGGGCCCUCCGCCUGCCGCCCACUCCCAGUUCAGCUCCUACUGCCAUCUGACUGAAGGGGAGAAGGAGGCACGGUUCGCCGCAGGAGUGGCUGAGCAGUUCGCCAUCGCCGAGGCCAAGCUGCGCGCCUGGGCGUCGAUUGACGAUGACGACGGGGAAGACUCCAACGACGAAGACUCCCACGCCAACGGACAGACCCUCACCUUCUCCAGCCAGAGCUCAGAAGCCACCACGUCCAGUUCUGUCGCCGGAGCACCACGCCGGCCUGAGCCUGAGCCUGAGCCUGAGCCUGAGCCUGAACCUGAACCUGAGCCGCCGUCCUCCGACAGCCCUGUGUGCUCCAGCAGCAGCAGCAGCAGCAGCAGCCUGCUCUGUGGCAGGCCUGCAACUUUCACCGACCCACAUUCAUCACAGACCAACUCACCUACUUUACCCAGCGACUGCAUGAGCCCGUUCCUGGAGGAGGAGGAGCAGCGGAGGCUGGAUGGUCUGGAGGAGCAGCCGCCUCCUUUGCAGGCUCAGCGCAACGAGAUGUGCGUCCACAGCAAGACCGAGUGGAGGCCCCGGGCCAGGAGCAGCAGGUUCGACUCCUGCUACUCCACCUCCCACUCCGAGUCUCCCGGAGAGGAGGAAGAGGAGGACGAGGAGGAGGAGGAGGGCAGCGUGUUUCACGAGGUCCGGGUGUGGCACUGCAGCCCGAGGAGCUUCUUCUCCGACCGGGCGUCCUCUGGGGUGGCGUCGUUCGAUGAAGAGGAGGAAGAGAGGGAGGAAGUCAAGGAGGAGAAAGAGCUCUUGAUGUGAUGUGUCGUCCCAUCUUUACGUCUCUCUGGGUCUGUGUUGGUUCUGGAUAUGACAUGAUAUUCUGUUCCGCUUGCGUCGUGAACCUCCCUCCACCUCAUCCUCUUCUCCUCCACUCGCUGCCUUCUCUCCCCCUCCCCCGUGCCGAGCUCGCUCCAUUCGUCUAUCGCUCUGUAAAACAGUCUAAUGUUGGGGAGUUGAACCAGAAUGUAAAGCUGUUGUUCAAACUGUACAUUUUUGUGACGAGUCACGUGUUGCAUUGGUUUUUCUAUGGAUAUUUUGUAGUGUUGUUUUCUGUCUGGGUCACGCCGUGUCACGUGGGUUGGGCUAUGUUUGAUAUCGAAUGCCUGUAUGUCCUGCACACACACAUAAAUAUAAAUUUGAUUUUUUUGGAAGGAAAAAAAAUGUCUGCUGCUCUCUUUUUUUUUAUUCGCCCCCUCUGCCGCCACAAACGCAAAGAAACACAGAUUGCUCAUCUUUCAUCUUUCAGUGUUUCUUUUUCUUUAAAUUUAAUCAUUCACUCAUGUACAAAAACAAGUUCAUGUCCUCUGAAAAAUAACAAUGGCUGUUGAUUUCAAAUGCAUAAUUCUCCUAUGUACAGUAGCAUGUACGUAGCUCUCGUCCGUGUAUUUCCAUAUGUACAAAGCAUAUACAGGCCUGCGCCAUAUAAAGGGAGAUACUACAGACUUAUUGCUUAACUAGAUACGCUGCAAAUUAGCUUAUACACUCUCUACGCUUGGACUCCUUAUCUUAUAUGGCGAGCACUACUUCACAUUCUAUAUGCGAAUGGAAAACACACGCGUGGGAGCUGCACAAAAUGAUCCACAGAGACAAAAAAAAUGAGCUUUACAUGAGAUCGAGAUAUGGCUCAAAAUUGUUGCGUGAAGCUAAAUUACAUAACCGAAACAAGGACUCACACACAUACACUUUGCUCUACGAUAGUUUUUUUUGUUUUGUUUUUGUUUUUUCUCGGGUGGGGGUGGGGGGGUCGGGAAUCACAGGGCUUCACACAGUAGUUACAUUUCUUGUCAACGUUGCAUCGGAGGCCAGGCUGGAGUACUCCACCUUAACGUAAAUAUCUACAGGCCGCAUACAGUACAGUAAAUGUGUAAGUGUUGUGUAUGUGUGUGUGUGGCCUGUACAACAGCCAGCAUCCUCCCUCCAUUCAUCAUGCUUAGAAACACGUUAAAUUCACGUAGAGGAUGCCGAGGCGGUCUGCGUCGCCCCUGCUGAAACCAGCCCCCCUGUAAAAGCCAAAACAAGGCUACAUGUGCAGGAAAUUAUACUCAUGCUAAUUACAACGUGUGCUUCACCGUUAUUCAGAGCCCUGUGCUGAGCCGCGUGGACCUUAGAAAAGCUGCCGUCGUGUGUCAAUGUGUGUCGUUCGAAAAUAAAGGAAAACACUGCGAACGGUGCUGUGACGUGUACUCCGAACCUCAGCUUUUACUGCAUUAUUAAUGUUAAAUUUAUUGCAUAUCAGCGGAAACAUAAACCAACACCACCUAUAAACCUUUAUAUAUAUAUAUAUCACGAGCCGUUUAUCGCGGCCCUCGGGUCCACUGCUCCACUGCUCCGGGCCGAGUGAAUAGGUAGUUUUGCUUGACUCCGUACCAUCGUGUGCUCAUCGGAAUAAUCUCUUUGUUCUUCUGUGCUUUCUCGUGAUACUUCAAGGCUCUCCCUUAUUUUGCGCGAGACGCGGGCCUCUCUGCUUUUGGCAUCGUGUUUACAGGACGGUUAUUUUGGCAAUUAAAUUAUUUGACGGACCGGAUCUGAGCAUGGCGAGGACACGCACAGACAUACGGUACAUAAACACACACCAC